AUGCGCGACCACGAGCCGGUGACGGUCAAAAGCUGUUCUGUCGUGCUUGUCGCGACGAGCGCCUCGGCCCGCCCUGCCGAGGUUACGCUCGCGCUCGAGCGGGAUGUAACGAAGCAUGUACCAUUUAGCUUUUAUUUUUGCGUUUUUUCUAAAAUCACAUUCACGUAUAAUCGCGACCAGGCCUCACAGGCCCCCGCGUGCGCCGAGCUAAUUGCAGGAGAGGGGUGGGCGAAAAGAUCAGCGGCAGCUGCUUACCCUCUGGGGGCACUGCGCUAG